GGCGGAUUGUGUCAUUUUAGGCAAUCGUACAUGACUUAAAUUUUUGAGGUGAUCUUUUGUGGUUAUGAACGUAAGCCACAUAGGCCCUCAUAGGGUAUUAGAUCGUUACACAAACAAACCUAUGCCCUUAGAGAAUUCCCAUGUUCAGUCAGAAACCCAUCCACCUCUUCAAACGCUUUCCCUCCUCUUUUCCAUUCUCUUCACUUUCACCUUCCAACUACCUUAACUGGCAUCUCCAAUCUCUCCUCUCCAACCAAACUUCAACUCUCCCACACCUCUCUCAAUCCCACGCUCUCAUUAUCACUUCUGGAAACUCAAACAACGUUUUCAUAGCCUCAAAGCUCGUCUCUUUCUAUGCCUCUCUCACCAAACCCGAAUCUUCCACCAAAGUAUUUGAUUCAGUUUCUCCCAAAGACACAUUCCUCUGGAACUCCAUAAUCAAAACCCACUUCUCCAAUGGCAGUUACUCCAAUGCCCUCGAGUUCUUUACCCAAAUGCGAGGCUCCGAGUUGGGUCCCAACCAAUUCACUCUUCCAAUGGUUGUUGCUUCCUGCGCCGAGUUGAGGUUGCUAGACCAUGGCAAGACUGUUCAUGGGCUGGCUUCAAAACUCGGCCUUUUCGCGGGGAAUCCCGCAGUUGGGUCAUCUUUUGUCUACAUGUACUCGAAAUGUGGUCGAAUGGGGGAUGCAUGUGUCGUGUUCGAUGAAAUUACUGAGAGAAAUGUGGUGUGUUGGACUGCGGUUAUAAUUGGGUAUGUGCAGAAUGGUGAGAGUGAGAAAGGUUUGGAGUGUCUUUGUGAGAUGCAUAGGAUUGGUGGAGAUGGUGAGAGGCCAAAUUUUAGGACACUGGAAGUUGGGUUUCAAGCUUGUGUGGGUAUGGGAGCUAUAGGAGAAGGUAGAUGUUUACAUGGUUUUGUUGUGAAAAGUGGAAUUGGAUGUUCAGAAGCUGUUAAGUCUUUGAUUUUGUCUAUGUAUUCCAGAUGUGGGACACCUGGUGAAUCCUUGGUUUUGUUUCGUGAAUUAAGAAAUAGAGAUCUUCUAUCAUGGACGUCGGUUAUUGGUGCUUAUGCUAGAUCUGGGUUAGUGGCAGAAUGCUUGUGUUUAUUUUGGGAAAUGCAGGGUAGUGAUAUUGUUGCGGAUGAAAUUGUUGUCAGUUGCAUGCUUUCAGGGUUUAGAAAUUUGACAAAUAUCAGGGAAGGAAAAGCAUUCCUUGGAAUAGUGACAAGGCAAAACUAUGGAUCAACUCAGAUGGUUUAUAGUGAACUGGUAUCCAUGUACUGCAAGUUUGGGUUAUUGACUCUUGCAGAGAAGCUUCUUAGUGAAAUGCAGCAUUGGGACAAAGAGUGUUGUAAUAAUAUGAUUUGUGGCUAUGCUAAGGUGGGACUGCCUGCAAAAUGUAUAGAAAUUUUUGGGAAGAUGCAAUAUUUAGGCAUUGAAGCUGAUUCUAGUAGCUUGGUGUCUGUGAUUUGUUCAUGCUUCCAGUUGGGGGCGAUCCAUCUUGGCCAAUCAGUUCAUGGCUACAUGAUUAAGAUUUCGAUGGAUGACAAUGUCUCGGUAGCCAAUUCACUCAUAGAUAUGUAUGGAAAAAGUGGUUAUUUGAACAUUGCAUUGAGAAUUUUUCGUGGGACACAUAGAGACAUUGUAACAUGGAACACAUUGAUGUCAUCUUACACUCACAAUGGAAAUUUUGCUGAGGCCAUAGUCCUAUUUCAUAAAAUGAUCGUAGAGAAGGUGAAGCCCAACUCGGCAACAUUUGUAACGGUGCUUUCUGCUUGCUCUCAUCUCGCAUCUCUUAAAGAAGGAGAGCAAGUUCACUGUCACAUUAAGGAAAGAGGGAUAGAGAUCAAUUUGUCCGUUGCCGCUGCAUUGGUUGAUAUGUAUGCAAAAUGUGGGGAGCUCGAGAAAUCUAGAGAACUGUUCAACUCAAUGAAUGAGAGGGAUGCUAUUUCUUGGAAUGUCAUGAUCUCAGGUUAUGCUAUGCACGGACAUGCAGAAUCUGCAAUAGAAAUUUUCCACAACAUGGAAACUUCAAAUGUUAAACCAAAUGAAAUAACAUUCCUUUCUCUUCUUUCAGCCUGUAAUCAUUCAGGGCUUGUUGAACAAGGGAAGUAUCUGUUUGGUAGAAUGCAGGAAUUUUCUGUAAAGCCCAAUUUGAAGCACUAUGCUUGUAUGGUAGAUAUUCUUGGAAGGUCUGGUAAACUGCAAGAAGCUAAAGAUUUGGUUCUGUCAAUGCCCAUUACUCCUGAUGGUGGUGUAUGGGGAUCUCUGUUAGCUGCCUGUAAGAUUCACAAUGAAAUUGAAAUGGGUGCAAGGGUUGCUAAGCAUGCUAUAGAAUCUGAUCCAGAAAAUGACGGCUAUUAUAUAAUGCUUUCCAACCUGUAUAGUUCCAUUGGAAGGUGGGAUGAUGCUAUAAGUGUGAGAAAAAUGAUGCAGGAGAAGGGUGUGGGAAAGACAAAUGCAUGGAGUGUGGUGUAACUUGGGUUGUACUCACCCAUGGACGUGAUAAGUUUACUAGGGGAUAACCAGGACCUACCUCAUAUGCGCUGAUAGAAGCUGAAGAAGUUGAUCCUCCUUUGUCCUGCAAUUUGCCCCACCAGCCAAAAUGAGGCUAUAACGGCUAGUCAACUAAUUGCACCGGAGAUGGCUGUCUUGGCUACUCUCUUCAACGAAAGGUCAAAAGCUAUAUUGGAAUUCCACAUAUUGCACAAGUGACAUAAUUAAUAUCACCAAGUCUUAGGAUUUAGCAUGCCAAUCGACUCUGUCACUGGAGUUUGUGACCCAAACGUGUUCGCGGGGUUGGUGGCUUGGUGCUGAUAUGCAGAUAGCUGUCUUAGCUACUCUCUUCAACGAAAGGUCGAAAGCUAUAUUGGAAUUCCACAUAUUGCACAAGUGACAUAAUUAAUAUCACCAAGUCUUAGGAUUUAGCAUGCCAAUCGAUUCUGUCACAGGAGUUUGUGACCCAAACGUGUUCGGGGAAAUAAGGUGCAGGGAGAUCUGAGAGCUUUAUAGUGAUGUUUAAAGUCCAGAAAGUGCUCACUCUUCAACCAACCUUCACUAAUUGGGAUCCCACAUCGGAAAACUCUGCAUAAGUGAACUACUUAAUAUUGCAAGUCUUAGCAUGCUGAGCUCGUCACCGCAGCUUGUGAACCAAAUGUGAUAGGGGUAAUAAGGUUCGAGGACUGCCUCUUUGGUUUAUUAUAGCAGCGAAGGUUGCUAGUGAUGUUAAGGUCCAGAAAAUGCAAUAAAAGCACUCUUGAACCAACCUUCACUUUUGAAAAUUCUUUGUUCUUUGCCAUUUUCGAAUCAUUUUCGAAAACAAGAUAGAUUCGGCCUUUGGUUAAUAUAUAUAU